UUGGGAUUGGAUUUCCUGUGGUGAAGAAACUUCAAAAUGGCGGAUGUCACUUUACUUUCUUCGGAUGAGUUGAUAUCAGAAUUGAGGAGGUGCGGCUUAAACGUAGGACCAAUUACACCUACAACUCGAAAACUCUUUGAGAAGAAACUUUUGAGGGCUCGAGGUCAAGAAAAGCGUGUGCCAGAUUGCGAAGAAAUUUGUGUUCUUUCUCCAACAAAAGAAAAGGAUGGGGUUUCAAUUUCCAAUGAAAAUGUCGUAGAUGCAUCUACCCCAGCAAAUAGCUCGGGUGUCUUUCACUAUGGUGUGUCAUUUGAUCGAUGCAAUAGCGAUGGAAAUAUAAAGACURAUCCAGCAGUUUUCAGCUCAAAAGAGCAAGCUCUUCAAGCAGUCAAGCAACUCAAAGGCAAAGGUGCACGAUUCAAGGCCUUCAAAACACGAGAAGAAGCAGAAAGGUUUUCCCUAUCGUCAUUUUCAAGUAUCUCUUGCUCUCCGAGUCCUGUUCAAAAGCCUGUCGAUCCAGUUAGUAAUUUCAAAAAGCCAACACCACAAGAACUAAUUCAAUUUCGUAAAAUAAUCGAGUCCGGAAAUUUUCAGGAAUUCUUGAGCAUUGUGAAUACUAAUCCACGAUAUUUAAUCAGUUCAGGGGAUACCCCUGUUGUACUACAAGAAGGAUUUCGUUAUAAUGCAUUACAUAUUGCUGCCAAAGAAAACAAGGCUGGAAUUUGUAAGUUAAUUGUUGACACUAUAGAGAGUGACAGAUUUUGGGUCCACUAUCUUUCACUACACAAAGAUGUGAAACUCUCGCCCAUACAUUAUAGACGGAAACAGUUUUUAGCUGAUUUGUACCUCAAUACUCCUGACAAAGGUAAUUUUGAAACACCUCUACACUUUGCCAGCAAGUUUGGCCAUGUUGAGGUUGUGAAAUAUUUAGUAAGUCAUCCUUUGACAAACACAUCACCAAAGAACAARUAUGGYGACACACCAGGACAGAUAAUUUGUUCAAGAUGCAGCUCACAAACUGGAUCUGUCAUGAUAAUGGAAGAAAUUAAGCACAUCCUCGAAGAUAGCUAUUAUGUCCCUGUGUUUGGAUCUGAGGGUGAUACUUCCCCACCAAGCAUAGGAGAACCAUGGUCUCCUGAUGUACAUUCCAGAGAUUAUAGACAACCCUCCACCACACACAGCCCUGUUGAUCCUAAGAUGACUGUUCGAGCAUAUGCAGGUCCAAUGUCUCCAUCCAAGGCAGCAGAAUUCCACAGACAAUGGAAAACUCCUCCCAAGUCAUUAGAAGAAAAAAGGAAAUAUGAAGACAUCAGACGAGGUGACAGUACUCGUGGAUUAGAGAGAAUUGGAAGGAAUCUUGCACAUGCCCAGAAUGUUCCUUGGUCUGAAUACUGGAAUUUUCUUGGUAUGUAUGCUGAUUUGUCAAAGUCAUCAGGACUAGAGUGUCUGGAGGAAUACUUUAUCAAGCAGUUAUCCAGAGCAAACACACAUGAUGGCCAUCAAGAUUCAAGGMUUUCCACUCYGCAAACACCAAGUCAAAAGUAUUUUAGCRACCAUCACAAUAAGAAUGAAUUCUCUACCCCACAUAGGACUGAAAGCAACUCAAGCAGUGUAUUUAUGAGUGAAGAUCAUAAUAGUAAUUGCUCAUCUUUACAAACUAGCCCUAGUACUAGCACUAGCCAGACUUUAUCCGACAUUGUUGAUCAUAAUACAUGUGAACAGUUUGGGAAAAUGUCAUUACAGACUUCUUUAUCAUCAACGAACCAAUCAGGUGCAAGCACACAAAAUUAUAGUGACCGUCAGGAAAACUUAAGCCAAGAGAUGUCAACAAAUCAAACAUCGCUUGAUGAUUUAAAAAUCACAGAUGGUGAUGAUAAACUGUUUUUGUGUAAGACCAAUCUUCUUGAUCAACUCAAAAUGAGCAUUGAAGAUGAUACUGAUAAAGCAAUAAACACAAACACAGGCGACUUGAAUGAAAAGAACUCUUUAGAAAAGGUAAAGCAGUAUCAGCCACAACAUGGACGCAAUCGAGUGUCAGCCAGAACAAUGUCUAAUGAAUCAAAAAAGUCAAUGGAAAGAAAAUCUAGUUCAGAUAAUAGUGACAUGAACUGCCAUGACAGACGAGAAGUGAUGACACUAUUUAUUAAUGGAUGUUACCCAAGCAAGACUGAUCUAGAUGUUUUACGAGCUCUUGAUGGGGUCUUCAUAUCAUAUGAUGCUUAUCCACUGGUCACGCAGUGGCGUGACAGAGUCACGUCAUACACAUCGUCAGCUAGAGAUAGUUGGCCAAGCCCAGGUUCACCCCUAUGUCGAAGUAGACAAAAAUCUAUGUUUUAACGUCAUUUURAAUGGCCCUUCCGGCCAAUAGACCAAAUCAAGGUUAUUUCCGCCAUUUGACACAAACCAGUUAACGAAAAUUCAUCGUCUCCACUGGACAGAACAGCCUAAAAUUAGUAAGCAAAAGUUUGCACCCCCUCAUACAUUCUCUGUUAAAAUUCGCGACUUUGCAGAGCUGUAUCUUCUCAUGUUUUUGACACAUCACCUUCAAAUUUGGCAGGCUUACUAAUUUUAGGCUGUUCUGUCCAGURGAGGCGAUGAAUCUUCGUUAACUGGUUUGUGUCAAAUGUCGCAAAUAACCUUGAUUUGGUCUCUUGCCAGACACAAACUUGUGAAAACCAUUGAUGUUCAUGGUACUGCACGUCCAUCUGGUGGACAAGACAACAGAUUCUACAUAAACUUUUGGGUCGGAUUUUAUAUGAUAGUGGUGUACUCCAAUCAUCCUUUCGGCCUAUUCGCUUAAUUUUUUGUAGAAUAAGCGAUCUGUAUAACUAUUACAAACUAUAUUUAUUUAGUCAUUCAUAUACUCAAUAUAAGGAGAUUUGCUUCCGUGAAAUAAAUCGUAUUUUAUUCUCA